GCCAAUAAUGGAGAAAUAAAAAAGGAAGAAGCAUGGAGCACACAAUGAAUCCAAGAGUCUGUGGAAUUACACAUUAUCUCCAGGUUGGUCCUAAGAAGAAGUCAAGAUACUUAAGCUUGCAUUACAGAAAUUCGGUAUUGGCAAAUGGAGAAGCAUCAUUUAAUCAGAAUGUUUGCCAGAUAAAUCUAUUGGAUAAAUCUACAUUUAAACUUAGAGAAUGCUUGGAUAAUAAUCAUUAGGAGAUUUUAUGGGUAUGCACUACUUUAUACAAUUAAAAUAGGAUUGUAGAUUGAUUUAGAAAAGGUUUGGAUAGACAACAAUCAAAAAAAGGGAGUUAUGAGGAAAAACGGGUGUGUUAUUAAUACAGGUGAUAAUCCAAAUAAAGAAGAAAGGAAACAAAGAAUUGAAGAUAAUAGAUAGAAGUACUCCAUAACUUAAGAGGAAGUAAGAUUAUCCAAGUAUUAUUUGAGAUUAAUAAAAUCAAGUUGCCUCGCUUCAAAAAUGAUUGUGUUGCUAAAUAUUUCACAAUAUAAGAAAUUGAAAAUGAUUAAUUUACAACUAUUGAAAAAUUAUAGCAUUUUGUGAACCUGGAAGUAGAAAUAGAUAAAAAACUAAAGAAAAUUUUGUUUAUGAAAUCCAAUACAAAUGGCAAUGGCAUUUUAAAUGGUAAUGGCAAUCAUAUUACGAAUAAUCACUUAGAUGAAUAAAAAUGA